AUCAAACCUGUGCCACAGCAGUGACAAUCCAGGUCCUUAACCUGCUGAGCCACCAAGCAAAUUAAGUGAGCUCAUUUUUUAAAAGGAGGAGUGCACUUUUGGAGAAAGAGCUCAGAGGAGUGACAGCUUCUUUUGCUUCCCUCCUGCUGUGUCACUGACAGUGAAACAGGGGUGGUCAGGAAUCUGGAGAAGGGUUUGAGGUUUCAAAUCUGGGACUUGCAAUGUAGGCUAUGACAAAUCUGUGGGAGAAUUUAAACAGUGAGAUUCAAAGGAAAAGUAACGGGCUAGGUCACGUGGCUAGCUGAUAAUAAGCUAAACUCAGAAAACGGUCAUGUUUUGUUUUGGUUUUUUUACCUCAGGGCUUUCCCCAUCAAAUGUACUGGACUUGCAUGGAAACCUAACAAUUCUAAGGUGGGUAGGCGCCGCCGCCAAGGUUCAGGAACAACUUGGGCACCUUGGAAAAGUUUGGUUGAAACUGGACCAGCCCCUAAAAUCUCCGUUUCAUGAAACAAGGGCGCCUUUCUUUCAUGAAAGCAUUCUGUUCUUCGCAUCACCUUCGUAGUGAUGAGCUUCUUCCCCCUCUCACCAGCCACCUCUCUCUUCCUCCUCCUUCCACCUCCCUCCUCUACGCUCCCCCAUUCUUUCCACCCAAUUCCUGCCUGAGGCCUGCUGGGAAGUGUAGUCGCUCGCCCUGCUGUCUGAGCUGGUUGGGCCGCCCUAUGAACUCGGUAUCUGCAUAAUUCAACAGAUUUUCCAGAGGUGGGGUAGCCUGGAAGGCCCAACCGCUUCUCCGAGGAGCAAGCCGGAAUUUGCAGCUUCCACUGCCCCAAGGAGGCGGCUGCCAGAGCGCUCUUGGACUCCAAUUCCUCCAGCCCCGCGCAUCCUGAUGACGUCACGCCGACCCGCGAGGCCCCUGGGAUACCGGGUAGUUCUUGAGGCGGGGUCUCGGCCUAGGUCGACGCAGCUGGAGGACGACACUUCCCAGGAGUCUGCGCGGCGGCGCGCCGAGAGCCGCGCGAGGCUGUGAUUGGCUGGUGAGCCGGCCGCACGCGGAGGAGCUCAAGGAGCAGCUCUGUUGCGACAGAGGCCGAGCGGCGAGGCCCAGCUUCCUGAAAGAGCAGUAACGUUCCCCUGUGGUUCAUCACUAUGCCCUCGGACCUGGCCAAGAAGAAGGCAGCCAAAAAGAAGGAAGCUGCCAAAGCACGACAGCGGCCCAGAAAAGGACACGAAGAAAACGGAGAUGCUGUCACAGAACCACAGGUGGCAGAGGAGAAAAAUGAGGAGGCCAAUGGCCGAGAGACCACAGAAGUGGAUUUGCUAACCAAGGAGCUAGAGGACUUUGAAAUGAAGAAAGCUGCUGCUCGAGCUGUCACUGGCGUGCUCGCCUCUCACCCCAACAGUACCGAUGCCCACAUCAUCAACCUCUCCCUCACCUUCCACGGUCAAGAGCUGCUCAGUGACACCAAACUGGAAUUAAACUCAGGCCGUCGCUAUGGCCUCAUUGGCUUAAACGGAAUUGGAAAGUCCAUGCUGCUCUCUGCUAUUGGGAAGCGCGAAGUGCCCAUCCCCGAGCACAUCGACAUCUACCACCUGACCCGGGAGAUGCCCCCUAGCGACAAGACGCCCUUGCAGUGUGUGAUGGAGGUCGACACGGAGCGGGCCAUGCUGGAGAGGGAGGCUGAGCGGCUGGCUCACGAGGACGCCGAGUGUGAGAAGCUCUUAGAGCUCUACGAGCGCCUGGAGGAGCUGGAUGCAGACAAGGCGGAGAUGAGGGCCUCACGGAUCUUGCACGGACUGGGAUUCACACCUGCCAUGCAACGCAAGAAGCUCAAAGACUUCAGUGGGGGCUGGAGGAUGCGGGUUGCCCUUGCCAGAGCCCUCUUCAUCCGGCCCUUCAUGCUGCUCCUGGACGAGCCCACCAACCACCUGGACCUCGAUGCUUGUGUGUGGUUGGAGGAGGAGCUAAAGACUUUUAAGCGGAUCCUGGUCCUCGUCUCCCACUCCCAGGACUUUCUGAAUGGCGUCUGUACCAACAUCAUUCACAUGCACAACAAGAAACUCAAGUAUUACACGGGUAAUUACGAUCAGUAUGUGAAGACACGGCUGGAGCUGGAAGAGAAUCAGAUGAAGCGGUUUCACUGGGAGCAGGAUCAGAUUGCACACAUGAAGAACUACAUCGCCAGGUUUGGUCAUGGCAGUGCCAAGCUGGCCCGGCAGGCCCAGAGCAAGGAGAAGACGCUACAGAAAAUGAUGGCCUCAGGCCUGACAGAGAGGGUUGUGAGCGACAAGACCCUGUCCUUCUACUUCCCCCCGUGCGGCAAGAUCCCUCCGCCCGUCAUCAUGGUGCAGAACGUCAGCUUCAAGUAUACAAAGGAUGGGCCUUGCAUCUACAACAAUCUGGAGUUCGGGAUCGAUCUUGACACACGAGUGGCUCUGGUGGGGCCCAAUGGAGCCGGGAAGUCCACUCUUCUGAAGCUGCUGACUGGAGAGCUCCUCCCCACCGACGGGAUGAUCCGAAAACACUCCCACGUCAAGAUAGGGCGUUACCAUCAGCAUUUACAAGAGCAGCUGGACUUGGACCUCUCGCCCCUGGAGUACAUGAUGAAGUGCUACCCAGAGAUCAAGGAGAAGGAAGAAAUGAGGAAGAUCAUCGGGCGGUACGGUCUCAGCGGCAAACAGCAGGUGAGCCCAAUCCGGAACCUCUCUGAUGGGCAGAAGUGCCGAGUGUGUCUAGCCUGGCUGGCCUGGCAGAACCCCCACAUGCUCUUCUUGGACGAGCCCACCAACCACUUGGAUAUCGAGACCAUCGACGCCCUGGCGGACGCCAUCAAUGAGUUCGAGGGUGGGAUGAUGCUGGUCAGCCAUGACUUCAGACUCAUUCAGCAGGUCGCACAAGAAAUCUGGGUCUGUGAGAAGCAGACAAUCACCAAGUGGCCGGGAGACAUCCUGGCCUACAAGGAGCACCUCAAGUCCAAGGUGGUGGGCGAGGAGCCCCAGCUCACCCGGAGGACCCACAACGUGUGAGCCCUCGCCGGCGGGCCAGGCCCUGGGGCCGCACUCCUGCACUGCUGCAAUACUGCUCCCCAGCUCCCCCCGCCCCCGCCUUAGCUGCACUCUGUGAUCUCAUCUACAGCUGGAUGGUACCUGUCCGUCUCCUGUCCUUCCAGUCACUUCUGUCCACGUCUGGACUCGGCUGGCCCUGCCCGCCAGCCCCUUGCUGGUUCUGACCUGAUAGCGAUGCAGCCAGAGGCGUCCGAGGGUCAGCCCAAGGGCCGGUGCCCGGGUUGGCCUGUGAAAGAGCUUAGGAUCCUCGUUUGCUGGGUUUGGGUGAUGUUGGAGGAGCACCCCCAGCCCACCGUCCCCAUUCCUUUCUGCUUCUGGUUGGAGCUCUGGACCAGGGCCUUAAUCCUGGUUGGUUUUUAAAUAAUUAUUUAACAGUGUAACUUUUAGACCUGCGCCACAUCUACAGAGCGUCCAAUAAAGAACGAAGAAGCCGUG